UGAUAUGACAGUUCGACAGGUGUAGUGCGGUUUUGAUAUCAACAAAUAACGGCUGGACGCGACGGUACAUUAAAUGGUGAUGGAUAGACGUACACGGAAAGGGUGUACUUGGUGGACUAGUGGCAUGUGUCCUUAUUGAGUAAGUUAGUACUUGCGGUUCCGCGGUGAAAACUUCGCCACAGGCUACUGAACAAAACUCGCCGACUGAACUCACAUAGCGUAACGCUAGCUACAUAUACUCGUUUACCUACACAAGGACACAAUUACCUGUGGACCUCGGACAGGGGUUCGCUCACAAAAUGGCGAAUGAAGAACAAAACGAAGAUGAUGCGUGGGAUUUACGUUUGCGACAAGACGAAGAAGAGGACUUUUUUACGGAGUUAGCAUUGCAUGAAACAGAGCGCUGGAUAUCUGCCGUCACAAGGAAGAAGUUCCAGUAUCCAGAUGACUUCCGGAAAUCCCUGGAAAAUGGUGUGCUGUUAUGCGAGUUGCUCAACACCAUAAAACCAGGCAGCAUCAAGCGAAUCAACAAGCUACCCGUGCCGAUAGCAGGGCUGGACAACAUCAAUGUUUACCUGCAGACCUGCCGGAACUCCUUUCACUUGAACGAGGCUCACCUGUUUGACGGUACAGACUUAGAAGAUCUGUCUCAGAGGGCUAUAUCAGAAUCAGAACACAUCUUGAAGCAGGAGUCAGAUCGCCGGGCGAGAAAUGUAGCUAUUGGGAUUUAUUGGCUAGGUAAAAGUGUGUACAAUACCUAUUCUGGGCCACACCUAGACUUCAGUGCAUUCACCCCCCUUGUGCACCACAAUGGAAAAGACCUGAUAUCGGAAGAGCAGUUUCAUCAGGAUAUUUGUGAAUACGGCGAGCAGUCAAGUUCAUAUGGGUUACACGAGAUACACGACAGUGUAGGACCGUCAUUUGACACCAAACACAUACGAGAUAGCGCAUACGACUCGUACGGGUCAUUGUCAAAUUCACGAGAAUCGGAGUUAAGUUUUUCGCUAGAAGAAGCCAACAUGCCAGGUGUACAAAUGCGCAGGGCCGAUAGUACCUCGUCUAUUAAUAGAAGCGGCGACUUCUCAUUGGCGAGGAAUUCGGAGGAUGAUUCCCUAUAUCAGAGCACUCCGGACUUAUCACACAGAAACAGCCAUACUCGAACAUCCUCCACGGACAGUAUGGACGGACACUCCCGUCAGUCGUCGGAUAGUACAAAAGUUUCCAUUCCAACACGCUCACAGGAGAGGAAAUCCAGCACUGCCAAUGCCAACCCUCUACAGUUUGUGAAAGUGAAUUCCUCCAAUGACAUGGCCAAAGUAGCGACCAUGCAAAUAAAAAUGUCGGAAGAAGUGAAAAAAGUUCGCACCAAACCUGAAGACGAUGCACAGGAGUGGCAAUCGUCGGUUUUGGCAAUCGAACAGCCUUGGGCCAGCGAUCAAGUUGAGGAUUGGAAAGCAAAUUUCAGUGACUGGAGAAACAAACGAAGAAGAAAAUCAGAAGCACAGUUACAAAGGGUGGAAGAAACCGAUAAAAAUGUGAAAGAGGAGGAGGAGGAGAGGAAACAAGUAAAAAGUUACGGACAGAUGGUAGAAGAAAGGGAGAGGAGAAAAAGCACAGGCACACCAUUGCUGAAGAAGCCCAUGUCAUUUUACCCUGUUGAUGACGAUGACGACCUUUUCACCUCGGUCAAGGUCCCAGCCAGCGCAGCUCCGAUAGAGGAGGUCCUGGAGAAAAAAUCGGUGUCAAAGGUCAAGUCUGAGGCUCCGUCACGACAAAGGGCGAAGGCUCCCAUGCUGACACCAAAGGACCGAUCUAGUUCAGUUGGGAGUGACACAUAUAUACAUUAUGAUGACACAAAGAGGGCUUCAUGGGCUGCUAGUGAUUCAAGUGAUGAAGAGUCAAGCAAGAAAGAUAACUCUGUAGAAUUAGACAGAUUACGGGACACCAGUAAAAAUGAAAAUAAAAACAAAGACAAGUCAAACAGUAGGAACACAGUGUUGGAUAGUUCAGACAAUUCUUGGAGGAGAAAGGAUCCCUCUCCUCAAAGGAAAUCAGGAUUACCAGGGGCUGGCACGCCGACCAAAUCCACCGGAAAAUUGUCAAAUUUGUUAAAAAGCUUCGAACAAAAGGAGGAGGAAGCUAAAGCAGAUUAUUCCAAAGUGAAAAGAUUCAGUGAAACAAGUACGGAUUAUAGUAGAUCUGGAGUCAAAAAAAUGAGUUCGUUUGAUCUUCCAAGUUCUAGUUUUAGUUUUUCUGCAAAGGAUAAAGCAGAAACAACACCUGUGAGAUCAACUAUUACAGAUAAAACAGUUCCCGUGCCAACAAAGGCAUCAGUCGAAAAAUCAAUAAAGAUUAGUCAAAAACCAAACCAUCUCAAAGGAUUUGGAUUUGUGAUAUCGGGUGGUGCUGAUAAACGAGAGCCAGUCAUCGUACAAAAGGUCUCACUUGGCGGUGCAGCAGAUGUGAAUGAAGUACAACAGGGUGAUAAGAUACUGGCUAUAAAUAGACGUGACAUCUCCGCUCUGGCUCAUGCCCAGGUUCAGAGAUUGAUAGAAGAAGCCGUUCGUCACGGUCAGAUCGAGCUCAAGGUCAAACGCACCAUCAGUGAUGGAGAUGAGGAAGACGAUGAUGAUGAUGAGGAGGAUGCAUUCACGGCCCGGUCCCCGACAUCUCCUGUGCCCAAGCUGACAUCUGCACUAUCGCCUCGGCUACGAGGAUCCUCUGGGUCCUCCAGCUCCUCUUCAGGCCACAAUUCUGUGAGCAAGUCACCCUCGGAGUAUGUAAGUCCCCCAUCGGGAGACAGAUAUGGAAGUGGCACUCGUGCAGAAAACCGUUACAGUUCUGUCUCACCAAUUAGGUCACAAAGAACACAAAAUCAAUCUCCUGGUGCUAUGAAAUCAGAAUCCUAUCGAAGGAGUGCCUCCCCUGUUGAAACCAAAAACACCAACUCAUUCCUGACUGAGACUAGCCACAGAAGUGGUUCACCUUUACGGAACCAAAACAGCGGUUCAUUACCCACAGAAAACCAACAAACCUAUUCAACCCAAGACAUCAGAAAUACACCAGGCUCUGCUCGACUGAGUCGUCGUGAUCCGUCGCCCGUGACAACAAGGAAAACAUACACCCAAGAGGAUAGGACAGGGUCACCUCUACAGAGGUCAUCGCCAUUGUUCAAGUCUCCUUCAGAAAAUCCCAGCAGGCCUUCCGACAGCAAGAUCUUUCCUUCUUAUGCUGAAAAAUCUCGCCUUGAGGAGGAAACAAACAACAAUGAUGUCAAGGUCAAUUAUGUCAAGACGGAGCUCAUUAAACCUCCGAGCCCAGUGGAUAAUGGCCGGGGCGUUGAUGAGACAAUUACAUUUGUCAGAAAGGAAAUGGAUUUCAGUAGCCCAGUGCAACAGGAUGUGAUGUCAUUACAGAAAGCACCAGAAACGGAAACAAUUCCUAAACAGGAAGUGACUAUUUCCACUCGUGAAACAAUCACAGUCAAGAAAAAGGAACCACCAGAAACGAAAAGUAGCUAUAAGUGGGAGCCUCCUGCAUCCCCUCCGAUCAAUUCAUCUCCUCCAUCAGCAGCUGAGGAGGAGGAUGACGGUGGACCCCCAGCAAUCCUUAGACGUUGGCAACAGAGAAAACCCCGACCCCAGUCAGCCUACUCUGCUUACCCGGCAUAUGAACCACCAAAGGAGGAGAAACGUAUGAGUGCUUCCUUUCCAUGGGAGUCUUCCAUUAUCAACACAGACAAAACGAAUGAUACAGAACCCGAUGUAGAAUCCCAGGUGAUAAAACUGGAACACCAAGAGAACAAUUCGAUGCCACCACCCAAGACACAAGUCGGUCAACCAGUCACCUUAGAGAUUCCUGAUCACAGUGAGGCUCCUGUCAAAACGACGUCUCUUAAAGUUGUCUCCUCCUAUAACCCAGGACUGCUCCAGAUUGACCCCAGAAACCAGAUGACAGAAAAUGAUAUCAAUUUACCAGAGUACAGUUUCCAUGUCAACAUCAACAAUCGUGAACAAACAGAGCCCAGAACGUUGUCCAGCCCCGCUACCAUUGAGCAGGAGCGGGAGUUGAUCAGACAAGAGGAGCAGAAGAUACUAGAGGCAAGGAAACAACAAUGGGAAGAAGAGGAGGAGGAGAAGACAAGGAGGAUACAGGAGAAAGAAGAAGAGUUACAAAGACAGGCGGAGUUGUUACAACUAGAAAAAGAAAAACUUAAGGAAGAACAACAACGCAUGCAAAGGGAGAGAGAAGAACUGGAGCGCAGCAGAAAACAUCAAAUCGCAACGAAAGAAAAUAAAAAACCAGAAUCAAGAGUCUUCCAAAACCACCAAAACAAUAAUCCAAAGUCUCAGUUUGCAACUUCUGCAAAUACAGACAGCAAACAAUCAUUACGAAAACUGGAUCUAACAUGGCCGCCUCAAAAAGAGGAGCUUCCACCGAGACAAAAACUUACGCGGGAAGAUAUGUUAGCGAUGAAUAGGAGAGCUACGCCCCUUCAGCGAAAACCUGAGGUAGAGGUGAACUCUGCUGAGCCCUCUAAGACAAAGGAUUUAUCUACUAGUAGAGAAGCACCAACAAAGAAUGAUCUUCACAACCUGACUGCUGUUCCUAAACCAAGGUAUAGGGCUCCCAGUAACUGGAUGAAAGAGGAUCAACAACCACAAAAGACUGUUUCAAAAUCAAGAUCUGAUAAUAACAGGUCUAGUCCAAACUUGCAUGAACAUUGGCUGGUUGAGGAAGCUGAACGUCGGCGUAAAGCAACACCCAAUCAGAAUUCUCACAGUGGCGCAAUUCAACCAGUGUCUGAUGGAAUCGUAAAUCGCUGGCGUGACGAUUCUUUCUUGCCAAAACAGCAAGCGUCCAUUAACGCACAGGGAAGUAACUUAACGCAACCUCGAUCGUUGUCUAGUAAUGUGAGUCAGGGUCAUGGACUAGAUAAUCGUCAUUACACACCAGCAUCACAGAACACCAAAGCUAUGUCUCAAACGUUACCACAAAACUUCAACUACAGUAGUCUGAGCCCAAAACAAAGGGGAGACCCCUAUGCUCCUCCAAAGCAAACGCGAACCUCCAGCUCAUCUACAGCAUCGUCCAUGUCAUCGCCUUCAUCCCCACUCAACCCUUCCGAACAGUUCAUGGCUGUCAGUGGCAAGCAGGCCUGCUCCUACUGUAGCCAGGAACUUGGCUUUGGUGCUGCCAUGGUGAUAGAGUCCCUCGGCCUGUAUUACCACGUACAAUGUUUCCGAUGUUGCGUGUGUCACCAGGCCCUCGGCAACGGUUCCCAAGGAGCUGACGUACGAGUGCGGGUCAACAAACUCCACUGUCGGAAUUGCUAUAGUAACGAUGAAGGUCGAAGCCGUAGAGGACGACACUCCUAGCUAUUGCUGUGUAUGUACUGGUUUGAAGUUCAGCAAAGUGUGACAACACCAGUUUAUCCCAGAAAAUCGAGGAAAAUAUCACCAUGACAACCACUAUUCAUAACAGCCUUCCAAUGACAAUACCUUAUAUAACUUCAUACUUUAUAGAACAUUAAUGUUGAAUCUUGUAAAAAAAAAGUGCCUGUAUGAUUUUAAAAGUAUUUUCUGUAUACAUAUAGUCCUGUAAUAAUGAGAUAUAUACCAAACAGUGUAAAGAAUAAUGUCUGACCAAUAACCUCACUUUUUAUACAAAAACAUAUCAUUUUGACUAUUUACUAAUCAUAAUUGCUUCCUUAGAAUUUAGCUCACCUCUUCCUUAUCUUCAAACAAGCUUUUUUCAUGACACAAUGUCCUUGUCUUCCUUUCAUGCAUGGGCAGUCGGGCAGCUGCACCCCAUUAACCCUUUCACCACUGUAGACCACAAUGGACUCGUCCAUAUCAUUGCAUGGUAGAGUCUACUAAAGUUACAUAGGGGUGAAAGGGUUAAUGAGAUCUAUAAAAAAAUAAGCUGACCAAAUGUUAUCUUUGGGGUCCCAAUAAGUGGAAAAUACUUUGUUCAAUGCCAGGUGAACUUAAAGAAAGGAACCAGACUAUUUUUGGAUUUCUAUUGUUUUAAACGAAUCCUAAUGCCAUUUAUUUACAAUAUUUAAAAGAACAAAAAAUAAUUGUUAAAAUUG